AUGUCAGUAACGUCUCCCAUAUCUGCUAGUCCAGGACUGUCACUACUAGAAUGGGAUGAAGCUGCCGUUCAGUCCUACUUGUCUGAUCUAGGUUUAGACAAAUAUGAAGAUGUGAUAUAUGAACACGGAAUAACAGGGGAUGUACUCUCAGUGAUGGAUCAUUCUGCUUUACAAGAUUUAGGUAUGAACAGUUUAGGUCAUAGGUUGAAUUUGUUAAGAGCUGUCUGGGAAUUGAAGAAGGAUCAAGGGAUUGAAUUUGGUGAAGAUGAUUGGAAGCCUCAAGAGGCCGAAGAAGCUGAGAAAGUGAUGCAGAGCAGUGUUGAGAGAUUGUUGGAUCUAAUAAUGGAACAACACGAACGCCUGAUACAUCUAGAAAAGGAACAAGGAAGAAUGUUAUUUGCUUUAGAGGAAAAUGGGAUACCGAUACCCAUCCCAAUUCCAAUACCGCCAAAUCCAGCAGAUGGAGAAAUUCGCGGUAUACCUGGUAUGGAUGGUAAAGGAAAUCUAGGUAGAAUAGGUAGUCUGAGGGGGAGAGAAGUCAAAGAAAGGACUAUUGACAACGAGGAAAAUGGAGCUGGUCCCAGCCGAACGCGACGUGCAUCGGCAACAUUCCCACCUUCCCUCGCUUCAUCCACAAAUACCAAUACCAAUACAAAUACAAAUGCGCCGGUCGCUCCUAAUACUUCUGAUACCCCUACCUUCCAGGAUAGCUUCACUCCAACGACUGUAACAUCUUCGUAUCCUUUCGAUUCGCCAUUAGCCCAGAUUAGAGGAGAAGAGAAGGACAGAGACAAAUCGCACAAUGGAAAUAGACCACAACCAAUACAACCACCACCAAUGGCUAGAAUGAUAUCUGGUCCAAUAUCAAGUUCAAGUUUAACUUCACCGCCUCCUUACCCAUCACAUUCACAAUCACAAUCACUUAUACCGCCUAAGUCACUCGGUCAACCCAUUUCGUCAUCAGGAACAAGUCCGACACCUACACCUAUACCAUCAGGAUCUGGUUCAACUUCAGCACCAUCAGAUAAAGCGAAAUCACAAGCUAAUGCAGAAGCUAGAAGUGCAGCUAAAUCAUUCAGAGUUACCUUGGAAGACCCUUGUUGGAAAGUUCUUCCUGCUGCUCUAAAGAAGUAUAAGAUCAACGAUGAUUGGAAGUUGUACGCAUUAUUCAUAUGUUUCGAUAAUACCGAACGAUGUUUGAGCUAUGACGAGAAACCAUUAUUACAAUUUCAGAAACUGAAGGAAACUGGUCACAGACCUGUAUUCAUGCUUCGCCAUAUAAAAGAUAUACGGUCACCUAUAGCAGUUGCUCAACAGAAACAAGCUCAAAAACUUGGUCUUCCAGCUAAUUCCACGGUUAACCUCUUGCCUAAAAUCAAACCGUCUUCAGAUACGUCAAUCUCACCUACGAAAGCAACCUCCUUACAACCGGGAGCGAACAGAGGAGAUGACGGGAAUACUCCAAACGGAGGAGCUUUCCCAGAAUUACCUAGUCCAGGAUUGAAAGAUGGUGAAGGUGCAUCAAAUUCAACGUCCACCCGACAUCCGGCCGCAAGUGGACAAAACAACUUAGCUCCUGGGCAAUCGACCGGUACGAUGAUCGACAAGGAUGGAAACGUCAUUAAUGUAGCUUAUGCAGUCGCUAUAUAUCCGUAUAUCGCUGAUAGACAAGACGAGUUCAACGUUGCUGUUGGUUCCACGUAUGUUAUCUUGUCAAAAGCGAAAGGGUGGUACAUAGUACAAAAGGACCCAGAUGGUUUAGGUAAAUCGACAGAUAAUACUCAAGGAUGGGUACCAGCUGGAUGCCUUCUCGAGCUAUCUCAGCCUAUAUCCUUAGUGAAUCCCUCCGUAUCAGGUGAAAUAGCCAUUUAUCCUGGAUUGUCACCACUCCCACCAACAGCUAUUAUCUCAUCAAGUUACGCUGGUAACGUUCUGAUGGAUUAUGAGGCGAAAGGUGAUGCCGAAUUGAGUCUGAAGGAGGGUGACAGAGUUAGAGUGUACAAGAAGUAUUGCCACUGCAUAAAAUCAGAAACAGGUGAGAGGGGUUGGGUACCAGCAUGGUUUGUAGGUAAAGCAACCAUUGAACCAAAUCAAAACCCGAAUCAAAACCCGACGUCCUCUUCAGCUACCACACCUACACCAAAUAAUGGGAAUCAGGAUCACAGAGUCGCGGCUGGAGACGCAGAAGAACGAUUGAAAGAUGAUAUAACGCCCACGCCAACCCCGUCAACUGUAACGACUGAGCAUCAUCAUCCUGUAGAAGGCUACAAAAUAUAA